AUGGAGCAGGACAGUAGGAGCUCGUCUUGGUGCUUCCCUCACUUGAACAACUCGUGCAGGCGUCUGCAGCAGCCACACUCCUCCACAGCACUCCUCUACACUCUACUGGCUCUGGUCUCUCUGCUCACUGUGGCUCUCAAUCUGCUGGUGAUUGUGUCCAUCUCUUACUUCAGGCAGCUGCACACGCCCACCAACGCCCUGCUGCAGUCCUUGGCUGUGUCCGACCUGGUGGUGGGGCUACUGGUGAUGCCUAUAGAGGGGGUACGGUACAUGGAGAUGUGCUGGCUGAUGGGCAGGCUCCUGUGUGUGCUCACUCCAUAUGUGUCCUACUGCCUGCUGUCAGCCUCUUUAGGAAACAUGGUGCUCAUCUCCAUAGACCGCUACCUGGCCAUCUGUGACCCCCUGCUCUACUCAUCCAAAGUGAACCUGAGCAGAGUGCGAACGCUCAUCUGUCUGUGCUGGGCCUGUUCUCUGCUCUAUAAUGGCUGUAUUUUGAUAGGACACCUGAGCCAGCCCGAGCGCUACAGCACCUGUCACGGGGAGUGUGUGGUGGUUAUUAGCCACACCGCAGGGACUAUUGACCUGUUUGUCACCUGUGUGGGCCCAUGCACCAUCAUGAUUGUCUUGUACAUACGAGUGUUUGCCAUUGCGGUCUCUCAAGCACGUGCAAUUCGCUUAAGAAUCACCUCAACAGGCUCUGUAGUAACAGUGGCCAAACCAUCAGAGAAAAAGGCAGCCAGAACUCUGGGUGUUGUGAUUCUUGUGUUUCUCAUUUGUUUCUGUCCAUACUAUUAUCCUGCUAUUGCUGGGGUGGAAACAUCAAAUAACUUGUCCUACUUCGCUAUACUGUCCUGGAUUAUGCUGCUGAACUCAUGCAUGAACCCUCUGAUUUAUGCCAUGUUUUAUCCCUGGUUUAGAAAAGCUGUUAAACUCAUCAUCACAUUCAGAAUAUUUCAGCCCCAGUCUAGAGAGCACACUUUUUAA